AUGUCUCCACUCAAGAACAGCAAGCUCACCAUGCUGCUCCUUGUAUUGAUCUUGGCGACUAACGCCUUGGCAUUCUCCUCUUCGCCAUCAUCAUCGUCAUCAUCAUCGAGAUCCGUGCAGUCACCACUCUUUGCCAGUACGGUGGGUGGUUACAGCACAAACACCGACAAUGCUCGUCGGAUUCCGCGUUCUCGUGUGGUUCAGGACAAAAUCUUGCAGUACCUAGAUCGCAAGGAAACCAUUGUCAGGAAGGAACACUCCCGAACGGCCAAUGAUGUCAAAGCAUUGAAUGCGGAAUUGUCCAAGAUUCGCAUGCGCAAGGAGGACUACUUGCAAAAUGGCAUUGCUGCCACAACAACAACUACAACAACAACUGCGGCUUCCUUUUCGGAAACGGCUCUCAGAUCGGCUGCCAAGGCAUUCAUGUGGCGGAUCAUUGCCGGCAGCAUUACCUUUUGCACCUCCCUCCAAUUUUCAGGAUCCGUGGCAUCGGCGCUCUCCAUUGUGGGUUCGGAUUUUGGUUCCAAAAUGGCCACCAUGUUUAUUGGAGAACGUUUGAUGAAUAACAGUCAAGCCGGACGCGAAUCUGGUUCGGAUGCCGCCUCGCGAUCACUCGUCAAGGCAUUGGUGUGGAGGCUCUUUGCCAUUGCCAAUUCAUUGACUAUGGCUAUUUUCAUCACCAAGGAUUUGUCCAUUGCCAGUAAGAUUGCUGGAUCGGAUGCUCUUUGCAAGACGGGCCUCAUGUUUGCUUACGAACGGGCGUGGGCCAAGGUCGAAUGGGGCAAGAAGUACGAACAAGACGAGGAUGCUGAUAUGGAACUAACCACUGUUGCUGCAGCUCCGUGA